AUGCAGCACCAAGGUCGUUUCAAUUUCCUGGUGUUCUUCAUAGUCUUGCUAUGUGUGUCAGUAAAGGCCUCGGCCCGAUAUAAAUUCAGCCAUCGAAGACGCUCUGUCCAGGAGCGAGUUAAUAGUAAUGGACGUGGAGAUGUGUGUGCAGACCGUUUUGAUAUACGACUUCAUGUUGAAGACAUUAUAGGGCCCAACUGGAACAUUAAAAAACAAGGGAAGAGUCCAUGCAGAACAUUAGUUGUGUGGGUACCAAAAAAGACGGGCUUUACUGAAUUUGUUAAAGUCAACGAGCAUAAUGAGGUCGAAGGAGGAUUUUCCAUAGCAAUAUUUUGUUACGCAUUGCAGAAAUUACCCUUUAACGUUCAACCGAUUUUCAAACCCUUCGUCAAUGACACGGGACAGAUGAAUGGCACCUAUGAUGAACUCCUAAAGCACAUUGAAAACCGGACAUGUGAGGCGGUCGCUGGUGAUGUUACUAUACGGGGAAAUAGAGCUCAAUACGUUUCAUUUACGACUCCAUAUCUAAGCGCAGAAGUUUAUAUGCUUGUGCAUGCUACACAUGAAUGGAACCAAACCUUGUGGACCUUCUUAAGACCAUUUACCAAAAGACUAUGGGAAUCACUAAUUAGCGCAUAUAUCUUAAUUGGAAUCACGCUUGCCAUUUUAGAAUACCGAGCUAAGAACCCUAAAUUUGUUGGCCCGUUCUAUAGACAACUCAUCAUGGUCAUAUGGUUUCCUAUUUCAGCGUUCUUCUUCCAUGAAGCUACUUUAUCCUCAUGGUUGACACUAGAUCAACUACGUCCCAAAUUACCUUCAAGCUUUGAAAACGUAGGAUACCAAGGCGGAUCUUUUAUUAAAGAUCUUAUUAUCGAACAAUACAAUUGUUCUGGACACAAUCUACGAUCGCUCAAUAGCUAUGAAGAUUUCAAAAAUGCACUAUCCGAUGGUAGUGUAAAUGCCGUAUUUGAUGAGCUCCCAUACAUUGAUCUUUUCCUUUCUAAGUAUGGGUCUGACUACAUGAAACACGGACCCAUAAAUCAGGAAUCUGGAAUUGCAUUUGCAUUCGCCCGUGGAUCACCUUUGUUACAGAUCUUCUCUGAGGCGGUCAUCAAUGUUACUGAAAGUAAAACUAUGAUGGAUAUGAAGAGAAGUAUGGUGUCCGCGCAAUGCGACGGUGACGACGACAAUGCGGUGGUAAUGGGUGGUGACGACUGGUGA